GGGUUUUUUAUACCUCCGCACAUUGCUGUCUUGGACAUCCAUCCUAAUUGCAAAGUUUGAAGGGCCAGUGGUGGUAGCAGCAGAACAUAGCAGUGAGUCUCUGGGUUCUGUUGCUGCAGAAUAUGUGACUGGGCAGCUGGCCCAUCUCCUAGAAGAUCCUUAUAAGGUGGAUUUGGCAGACGUGAGAAGGGAGCAGGCAGACAUUCCUAACCCUGCUUCCCCAUCCCCUAAGAAACAGUAAUGAAGAGAAUGGGCCAGCUGGACAGUCUUUGAACAUCUUGCAGGAAGUAGCCAGAAGACACCACUGGAUUGAAUAGCAAGGAGAUACGCUGCCUUUAAAAGUCUUCCUCAUAAAGGCUAACUAAAAGGUACAGGGAGGCCCACAUCUAUUGGGGAUAUAGGGAACCAUGUGUAGCUGUUGAUUUGGACUGAAUGGCAUACAUUUUUAGGGAUCUAAAUAUCACCCAAAUAGCUAUAUCCCUAAAUAUCCAAAUAAAAACUGUGAGAUACUGUUGAUAGAGUUAAGCAUAGUAGACAAAGAGGGAUUUCCAAAAGCAAGAGAUUUAGGAGCACAAGUUCUACUGAAAGUCAGUGUGAUUUGUGCUCCUAGGUGACUUAGGAAUUUUUUAAACUCCUACCCUAAGUAUAGAAACGAGUCUUUAAAGCUUACAAGCAAGUGCUUCAAAUGAAGUGGUAUAUAUAUCCAUGACAGAUCUAUUAAAUACAUUGAUAUAGGAAGCCUGGCUUAAGUGACCACUCAGCACACCAACACAAAUUCAUUGCCUAACAAAGAGGUCUAGAAUCAGCUCAGAUUUUACAGGAAGCCUCUGGAAUAUUUAAAAUAUCAUACCUUAUUUUGAAUGGUGUCUUUCAUAAAAAUGUAUCUGUAGAGGAGAAGGCACUUGCACCUAGAGCAGUGAAAUUGCAUAAAGGAAUAUAGAGGAGGGGGGAAGCACUCUCCUGCCUAACCGUUCUCUCUUCCUGCACAGAGAAAUAAAUAAAGUAGUUAAUUUUAACAAGGGGAAUUGGACUUCCCCUUGCUUCCCCUCAGGAUGAGGCUUGAUCACUUUUGAUUUACAUAUAGUCUAUUUUUCCACAUAUCUUUUCCCAGAUUUUGUUUGUCAGGAUAUAAACUAUAAUUCUAAGUACACUUUUGAUAUUUGUAUUUACACAUUUUCUCAGUUUUUUCAUUCUUCAUGGACAUUUUAUUUGAAGCAGUUAUGAACUAUCUGCCUAUCCAGAUGGUGCCUUUGUUCCUGUCUAAACUUCAGUAGAAACUGGAAAAACCUGUUUGUUGAUUUUUUUUUUUUUUUUUUUGGUAUACCUUUCCUAUUGGCAAAAGAGAUGUGGAGAAGGUGGUGCCUUGCCUUCAGCUGUGAUGUCACUUUACAUAACCACAGCCUUCUUUGUCCAUUAUUCCAGAGGCUUUCACUGUCUCUGAGUUGUGAAGACUUUGAUAGUUGUUUCAAUAAAUUUCAUUUGUUAUUUAUGGAACAGUUUUGUGUGAUCGCUUUAUUUUUCUUCAUCUAAUGCAGAGAAACAGUGAUUUGUACGCGGCUCUGUUCCAGCCUUUAAACUAACACCUUACAGACCUCACAAGGAGCAUACUGUUGACAGUUAAGUUUUGUUGUACCAUGCAGUUUGUUUGCACAUAGGAAAUAACUUAGCAGUUUUGCAGUGGCUCUAGAGUGUUAUGACAGUGUUGGGUAAAUCAAGAUCUGUAACACACACCAACACAGAAGCAACAAUUUAAUGCAAAAAGUGGUGAAGGUGUGAAGAAGCUACUCUUUCCAUAUCUCUCCCUUUUUCUCUCUGACUUUGUGUUGGUAUCAGAACAAGUAAAGUAAAAAUGGCUCAACUGUGUGAAAACUGUGUGAAGUUGCUUCAGGACUUUGUGUCCCUUGUGAAGAGGAUGUCCUCAAGUCUGAUACAGAACAUAAAGGAAUAUUUGAUUCUGAUAAGUGAAUGCUCCUGCCUAAAACGAAAGAGCUCUGAAGCCAGACAGCUAUACAAACCUGUCCUUCAGCCACACGAAAAGGAGAUGGUGCGAGAAUUUCUACAGCACAUUGAAACAGGUUUUGAAAUGUCACCAUUUGGAAGGGACUCCCUGGAAGCUCUGAGGACCUUAGCAUUUUCAGAAAACCCUGAUUUACAGCAGUCUGCUGCUCUGUAUUACUUGCAUAUGAGUCAGCACUUAAACACCCAGCUGCCUGCUGAGCAUUUGGAACCCUAUUAUGCUUUACUGCAGUCCAGUGACAUGGAGGUUCAGCAGAUGUCUUCCCUGUCCCUCGUAAACUUUUUGCUGGAAGGAAACAUAAACAAAGAACUAGUUGUCCAAAUGGGUUUACUUGAGCCAAUUCUGGAGCUGCUCGAGUCAGGGGACUCCGCUGUCCAGUGCAACUCCUGUGCCUGCAUAAUGACUUUGGCUGCCUCAGAGUCCAACCGAGAGGCCAUCGGCUCAGCGGGAGUUAUACCCUUGCUCGCACUUGCCAACUCCUAUGAUCCUAGAGUCCAACAAAAUGCAGUUGGAGCUAUUCUCAACCUCACACGAUCAGAGCGGAUCCAGCAAGUCCUGUGCAGGGAAGGAGCCCUCCCUGUCCUCAUACUGAUGUUAGAGUCUCCUGACUCAGAAGUACAGUAUUAUAGUUGUGCUGCUCUAAGCAAUGUGGCAGCCAACUCUCAGCACCAUGAAGCCAUGUUGCGAGUUGGGGACAGAUUCCUUCUGCGGACACUCAUUUCUCUCCUGUCUUCAUCUGUGGACAAGGUUUCAAGACAGGCAUGUGUUUGUCUGAGGAACUUGGCCACAAGUGUGAACAUUCAGGCUGACAUCGUAAUGGACAUCCUUCCCAAGCUGCUCUCUCUCCUUGCAUCUAGCAAUUCAGAUGUUCAACAAGCUUCUAUUGCACUCCUCUGGAUAUUAUCCCAACACCCGGCCAACCAGGAUGCUUUAAUGCAUGAAGAGGUGCUGCAGAACCUGGGGAUGCUAUUGUUAACUCACCAAACAGUCCCAGGGAUCGUUGGUCACACUGCCUGUAUCAUCAAAAAUCUGAGCUUUUGCAAAAACAUACAGAGAAUCAUUGAAAGUCCAUGCGUGGAAGGACUCCUCCAGGCUAUCCUGUCUACCGAAAUUCAAGAAGAAUCUCUUAAUUACGUGACAUGUUCUCUUGCUGAGCUGGCAAAGCAUGAAGGUGCCACAUUACACUUGCUAGAAUGGAUGAAUGGACCCCUGAUAAAGCGCCUAGUGAGAUUGGCUGGGCAAAGGGAACAUACAGAGCCAUCAUUUCAAGCUGCCUCCGUUGUCCGACACAUGAUACGUCACGAUAAAGUGAGGUCUCUGCUGAAAUGCCACAUGGAGGAAGUCCAACGCUACCUCAUGAAUUUUCUCAACCACCAAGAGAUUCGCUUUCAGCAGCUGGGAAUUUCUACACUGGGCAAACUACUGGAAGAUCCAGAAUUUUCAUCUGCAUUCAGCCAGAGUCAAUUGAUAGAGCAUCUUGAGCAAAUCCGUCAACAGACAGAAGAAACUCAGGAGCUCCUUAAGAUGGUUAUCAGCCGCAAAGGCAGUUAACAUUUUAUUUACUCACCUCAUGAAAUGCUAUCCCAGCCUGAUCCCUCAGAAAGGGUAACUUUUUUUUUGUUUGUUUUUUUGUUAUUACUUCUCAUAGUCAAUAUUUUCCUACCACUUGCAGUUCCACCCAACACAUAAUGACCCGGUGGAAUCAUGUACUUUAUACGGCCUUAAUGUUUUGAUAAUGGAAAUCAGUACGGUCUAUAAAAAGGUUUGAAAAAAACAUGUCAACUUACUCUAUUAAAAUGUUUAAUGGCUACACCUACAUUCCUACCAGGUACAUGGCUGAUAAAAUACCCAAUACUAUCUAAACUUUGCAUGUAUCUUUUUGAACACACAGUAAGCAGUGUGUGUGUGAGGUUUUAUUUAUGUAAAAACCAGGUUUUAUUAAACACACAUUCCUCCAAACACAUAUUUGUAUAUGCAAACUAUGCUAUGCUCUUUGAUAUUAACAAUAUUCUAUUACUAUUCAGUGUCUGUAUUCAUUAUUUCAUAGUACCCAUAUCACUAAAGUGCCUGGAGCUACCUAACUAAAGAGAAAGAGCACUGGAAUUAGAAUAUGAAAGAUGUAAAGGGCAACAUGUUCACUAGUGAAGAACAGUGAACUCAGAGGAAGAAAAUGAUAGUAAUUAGUAAUAAAUAGAGUAAUGAACUCACUGGGGUUGGGUGUCAUCCAAACUACCACACUUUCAUACUACAAUGUCAGGGUAAGGGGCCUUAGGGUAAAUAACAAUCAUGCCCAUUGUAUGGAUUGUGUUUGAAAUAUAACAGUUAACAUGGACAUAUUGUCUCCCCUUCCUAACCCCCCCCCCCAAAACAAAUAAACAAAACCCCCACCUUGUAGCAUGUCUAAACUGUGCUUUUUCAGGAAAAUGUAACAUGCACAAGCUAGUCUAUUUAAGGCACCAAAAGCAUUGCUGUAUUUGUGUGUGAGUGUUGUUAAUUUUUUUUAAGAAUGGGGCAUGGAGAGCUUAUAAAAAACCAUUGGAGAUUGAUGACAGAAUUCAAGUUGUCUUGUGUUAGUUAACUGCUAUGAUUUAAGGCUAAAUUUUGCCUUCAUGUAACUGUAUAUAAAUCCCACAUAAGUCUUUGUGGGUUGCAUUUGAUUACCUGAAGGCAGAAUUUGUACCUGAGUGGUUAAGUAAAGUCUGGAGUUUUACAAAUAUGUCCAUGCUUAAGCAUGUCAUAAAAUUAGUGACUGUAAAUCAGCUGAGCAUUUACUAGACAAACUGAAAUAUACAGAGAGUUGGUACUAGGUUUAUAAUCAACGUUACAUUUAGUGGUGAGUGUUCAACUGAAUCACUGCUAAUUUUUAUGGCAUUAUAC